AUAAACGUAGUUAUUUAAGAAUAAGUAUGAAACCUUUGAAAUUUAGAAAGGUUUAGUUAGUAUAUGCCGUUGGAUUUCAGCUCAUUGAAACAGUUUGUAUCUGAAAGGAUGUUUAAUAAAUACAUGUGCAAUAGUUUGAUUUUACUGGCAACAUGUCUUGGGGCUUUGUCCGAACGGCAAGGAAAUAAUAUAUGUGCUGCUGGAGGACGCUGUAAUAGUCUGGAAGACUGUCGCUGCGGAGAGCAAUGCAUUGAUGUGUCGGACCUUAAACCGUGCCACAGUAAACUAUGUCAGUGUUUGCCAGGUUGUGUUGUUGGAGAAAUUUUUAUUCCACCGGGAGUAACUCGGCCAGAUACAUAUUGUAACUCUUGUGGCUGUCCCAGCCGUCCCGGCAGUGGAACAGGAAUGUGGUGCACACUUGCAGCAUGGUGCAACCUACCUCAGAAUGUAUCGUUAUUCAAGGAAAACCCAGCAUGUCACGAACAGCAGGAUGAACAAACACAAGAAUAAUUUCUCUAAAUGAUACAUGGAUCUAUGGACUCUUUUAGUAAAAGUAUCUGAAGUCAAUAAAUAUAUAUGCAAUUGA